AUGUCAACCCCUCGUCCCAAGAGAAGAGCGGUGCAAAAGAUAAGUUCUUACAAUGAAUCAAUAAACUCCGUUGAAGAUGAACUCCCUAUCAACGCUGUGGCAGAUUACCAGGCUGCUGUACAAAAUUCCAAUACUUCAUCGCUGAUGGUUAGUGAACCUGUGAUUACAAUGGAAGCCAAUGCUAAUGAUGUCGAUCUUCCUUCGUCAGGCAGUAGUAAUAUUUCCCUCCUCGACCUGCUGAAGGCGGCGACGACCAAACUCCAAUCAGCGACGUUUUUCCGGUCAGAAAUUCCCAACAAUUGGCAGCCUGCUCCUUCAUCUGAUGGAUCACAGAAAUUCCCCGUGUUGAUGAAUAUUUCGGGAGCAAAUUUUCUCGAUGAUGCCAAAUCGGUGCUCCAAUUAGCAGACGGCACCACCACCAUCACCAAAAACGACCACAUUUAUAUGAUCUCUGAACCCGCUGGCGAACCUUAUUAUAUUGCCAGGGUUAUGGGAUUUGCAAAGAAGAGAAACCUCAAAUCGAAUGCCAAUUUGGAUGCCGUGGAUAACUAUAUGAUAAAGGUCAAUUGGUACUACCGUCCAAGGGAUAUCUUGCGACACCUGACCGACUCAAGACUAUUGUACGCUACCAUGCACUCUGAUCUUUGUCCAGUAUCGAGUUUCCGAGGUAAAGUUACGGUGAAGUUCAAGGACGAAAUCGACGAUCUUAAUAGCUACAGAGACAAACCGUCGCAUUUCUGGUACGAGAAGUUGUUUGAUCGGUACAUGAUUAAGUAUUACGACAUUUUACCUACUAAGAAUUUGAUCAAUUUACCCAGCAAUUACCAGAAAGCGUUAGUGAAACGUUUUGCUUAUGUGUUUGUCGAGGCCGGGCGAGGCGAUGACUUGUUGGUGACUCCCAAAAAUUGCGUGAAAUGUAAUCAAUGGUGCUCGAUGACCGAUUCCGUGGAAUGUGCUAAGUGCAAGGACUACUACCAUAUGCUUUGUUUAACUCCUCCGUUGCUUAAGAAACCAUCACGAGGGUACAGUUGGAGCUGUGCGAAAUGCUCGAAGCAGGCGGAUGAUGAAAUGCGGAAAGUUCGUGCUAAUAAUUUAAGUCUCAAAAAGAAGUAUGAUAGAAGUGAUGCCAGCUCACUAGAAUCCAUCUCGACCACUGCCAUCUCCAUAGACCAGUAUAAUAAAAACAAUGUGACAACAAGCACCAGUCCUCCGCCGCUCCAGCCGAGUUUUGAAACGCUCGCAUUGGAGUUUCUUGAGCAUGAUAGUGGAUUGACUUUGGAAGAGAGAAGAGCUAAAGAAGAAUGGCCGUAUCGUUAUUUAGGGAUGCAUGCAAGGUUAGAGGAUGUCCUUGAUGUCGAAGAUCGGCCAUAUCCACGAGCAUCCUCGCGUUUGGGAACCAAGCAACAAGCCAACGUCGAUGAAUGGUACGGACAUCCCGAAGUGUACUAUGAUCCAGACGAAUCGGAGGUAGUUGCCAAGAAAAGACACUACAAAACCAAACGCAAACAGAGCAAGAGCGUUGAAGAUACUCCCGCUGCUGCAGGAAAGAAAUUGGAAGUGCCAAACGAGUAUAAAGGUACCCCUACCAAAGAAUUGCCUCCGUGGGUGAAACCCAGACCAGCGGGCUAUAUCGAACGAGGCCUCGAUGAUGGGUCAUCUUCUACCCUCAUGUGGAAACAACCGGCCAAAGAAUUGAAACUCGAAAAUCAAAUCGAUACUUUUGUGUUCAAGAAGUGCCGUCCAAUAGCCAAGGAAUUGAAAAUGUUUCAUAAUUCUCCAAAUUUCCUCGAUGCAAUUUUCAAGACUUUGUUAGAUACCAACUUUGAUUUCGAGAAAAGUUACAGUAUCAUCAAGGAUUUCACUCGUCAAUCAUUGAAAGAACCAACGUUCACCUCGGAGGAAGCCACAAGAUUCGAUGAAGGGGUAAGAAAGUAUGGUAGUGAAUUGUUGCCGGUUCAUCGUCAUGUGGGCACCCAGUCAUUUGGGAUGAUUGUCAGAUAUUAUUACUUGUGGAAAAAAACCCCGAUGGGCCAUUUGAUUUGGGAUAAUUUCCCUGGUCGUAAAAAUAAAAAAAUUAAGAAGAACGCCAACAAGAGCGAUUCUGUUGAUUCGAUUGCUGAUCCAGAGGAUGAUUCAAGUUAUGAUAACGAUGCCUCAGUCAGACAGCGUCGUCAUUACCAGUGCAAGCACUGUAACAUUACCAGCUCCACCAAGUGGUUUAGAGCAUCUGGGCAUUCGGUUGCCCCAAGUGAUCCUAAAGAAACCGUGAUUGCCUUGUGUUUCAGGUGUGCUAGAUUAUGGCGUCUUUAUGCCGUUGAAUGGGAAGACCCGUUUGAAGUGUCCAAGAAAUUGAAAGGAGUAGGGAAGAGAAAAGUGGAGCAUGAAUUGGCCGAAGAUGCCAUGAGAAUCUUGGACGAAAAGGAAAAGACGAAAGUGGCGUUUAGAAUCUCCAACGGAGGUAAUUUCAAACGAAAAUCAUCGUCGCCAUCCCCUGAUGAUCCAAUUAAAAAACCAAGAAAUAUCAAAAGUGCUAGUUCUCCAUCUCCUUCGGUAUCCAGUCAAGUCACAUCAUCAUCAGUCCCUGGCUCUGCUGGCAAGGCUUCUACAACCAAGCAAACUAGAGUAAAGAAAGAACCAAAGGUCAAAAGAGAACCGAAAACUAAAAAAGAACCCGCCACUCAUGCGGUUACAUCAACAUCUCAGACAAAGGUACAAUCUACCAAUCAAGCUUCUGGAAGGGGAAAGCGUGCUAAAAAGGAAGAUAGCAGUGGUGUAACUAAUCUAACGCUUCGUUUCACUGCUCCUCAAUCACAAAAUUCCAAUAAGAAAUCUGGGCAGUUGGUUACUAAUAAUGAUGAUAAUAGUAAUGAAAGCGACUCUGAUAAUGAUAUUACUCCAUCGGCUCCAGUUUAUCAUUACAUUUAUAACGAUCAUUACACCUAUAAUUUUGAAAACUUUGAUAAAAAAACCCACGAAUUUGAUAACUGGUUGCCGGAACCGAAAGACGAUUUCACCAUUCCUUUAUCACCAAAGACCAAGUCUUCGAAUUCCAAGGACUCUCCGGGAAUUAAGCACAUCAUUAGCGCAAAUGGGUUAUUCUCGCCAACGAAACGUCCAUGUUGUGUUUGUCGAUCCUGUGAUGCCGAUGACUUGAAUGAAAUUUUGAUUUGUUCCAAUUGUGGGUUAAACGUCCAUGCCAGUUGUUAUGGGGUUGAAGUAAAUCCUCAUAUCAAGAUGUUCACCAAAGAAUGGUGCUGUGACUCCUGCUCGAACGACCUCCACCCAGUUUGCCUGACGUAUUAUGGAUGUAGCUUAUGUUACUCAAAAGAAAUCGACCAUGAUUCGGCGAUUGUCGGAGCCCCAACUGCAUUUCCAGACGCGUUGAAAAGAACUAUCAAUUUCAAAUGGGCGCAUAUCAUUUGUUCGAUCUUUAGUGCCGAGAUCAAAUUCGAGGACUCCAAGAGUUUACAAGGAGCGGUAAAUAUGCCGUUGGCGUUACUCAAAAAUGAGUUCAGGUUUUGUGAUAUUUGCAAUAUCAAGAGCGGGGUGUUGAAGAAGUGUAUGUUAUGCCAAAAUGCAGUCCAUCUCACUUGUGCCCAAGACUCCCUGAACUACUUCAUUGGUUUCCGCAUCAUUCCGGAAUUGGAAUUCAAGGACUACAGUAACAUUUUGGAUGACGGGAAGUCUAAGAAAUUGGUGAAGAUUCUUAGUACCGGGGUCGUCGGGGUUCCUGAACCGGUAUUAAUCUGUAACGAUCAUCCUAAAGAUCAAAAUAAUGGCGAUCUUUUCAAAAAUGUCUUCCCACUUCGAGAAAAAGCGGUAUGGAUCUCUAACGAUGCCGGGAAAACCACGCCACAGAAAGCCCCAAUUAUGAAGUUAUACGCCGACGGUUAUAUGCAAUGGAAGGGUGGUAUCCAGGGACCUGCGUUGAGAUAUUACGAACAAGCAUUGAUUAAAGAAGAAUAUAGAAAAGGUCAAGUUGGGGAAACCGGCAACGGGUCGCUGAAGGCCAGAUGGAUAGGCAAAGACCCUGCAACUUCAUCAAUAUUUUUGGACGAUCGAAGCAAAUUAGGCAGCUUAAGCGAUCAUCCGCAGCUGUGCUCGACAACGGAAGUUACUUCUAAAUACUGUGGGAUUAUCAGUAAUGAUAAUUGGUGGGAAAGUGAUGAUGCUGCUGAAGGUGAGACGGAAACCGCUAAUUCAGGUUGUGGGUUUUGUGAGAAGACAUCACUGGAAAAAACCCCUUUUAAAAAAUUGAACUAUUUGAAACUUGAGGAUAAUGCCUACGGUAUUGUUGAUGAAAAUUGA